AUGACAAAUCAACAGCUAGUAGGUAGUGGAAACUGGAUGAUGGAUGAGACUGAUCAAGCCAUCGAGAGAAAAAUAAUUUCUGUAUCUCGUUGUUUGUUGUGGACUGUUCAAGACACUGUCAAUUUUGGAACAGAGACUGCGGCAGCACUCAAGGCACAGGUUGUUAAUGAGCUGGACUCUAUCCAUUUCUCGAUCAAGAAAGCUUCUCAACUUGUGAAGGAACUUGGUAGGCAGGUUGCAACUGAUAAAUGUAUUAUGGCUUUACUCUUCCUUAUUGUCGUUGGAGUCAUAGCCAUCAUUAUUGUUAAGCUCGUGAACCCAAACAACAAGGACAUCAGGGAUAUUCCAGGAUUAGCCCCACCAGCAAUGACUCGGAAAUUACUUUGGAGUGCUAGUUAAAAAUUUAGAAAAGGAUCAUGUAAUGAGAUUGUGAUGAUGAUUUGUCAUCUUAUUGGAUGGAAUAGCUUAGCUUGUGAUGCUGCUGGUGGCACCUUCUUUACAGAGCUGGUCUACUUGAGUAUGGAUUUCUUUCUAGUGACUUUUCUGCAGAGUGGUCAAACUUUCCCAAACGAUAGUCUGUCAAACAACUGCUGGGAUUCAUUUGCUUCAAUUGGAAGUGGUCUGUAUGAUAUUUCUUCCCCGACUGAAAAAUCAUUCCUAUUUGAGGGAAACUAAAAAAUGUGUAGAUUGUGUUGGUUCACACCAUGUAUUUGCUACACUUAUAAGAUAUUUGAUCUGCAUUU